AUGCUUAAAUCUGCUGAACCCAACAUCCUGAAGGACACCCCUCACGUCCUAAUGGUACAAGGGGGUAAGAAGUUUAAGAAACAUGGUAAGGACAAGGGAAAGGGCAAGGCAAGCUGGGUUAAGAACCCAAGCAAUUCCGAACCUACUUCUAAGACCAAACCUGGUCCUUCUGGUGAAGACAAGUGUCAUUAUUGUAAUGAUUCUGGUCAUUGGAAAAGAAACUGCAAGAAAUACUUGGAAGAUCUGAAAAAGAAGAAGAAGACUUUUGAGACUUCAUCUUUAGGGCCUAAGCAACAGUAG